CAGCCACUCCGUUAAAAUAUUAUCUCCAUGCAUACAUUACAUUUAGGCAGAGCACUUAGUUCGCUACAUUAUUUUGGUAGUUACAGCAGAUACUUUCUGCUUAAAUUAUUUUCCCAUUGAUGGUGGGAGGCGCUGUAGAGAGAAGCGUUUCUAUGUGGUGGCGCUGUAACGUUAGUAACGUUAUACUUUCCUCUGGAUUUAGUUCCUAUAGCACUUCCGGGUUCUAAUGUUUACAACUGGGAGCAGCAUUGAAAACGCAGAGCUGUUUGUUUUGCUCAAGAAAACCACCUUUUACGUGAAAAACAACAUGAACAUCAAGUGCUAGGAUUUAUAUACUGUGACGGCAGCAGGGCUCCAUCAUUGAGAUCAGCUGCUGAGAGACCAAGUGUAGAAAAGACUAUGAAGAAGAAAAGCAGACGUCCAAAGUCAUCUGAGACUUCACGACAGACCAGCCGUGCACAGACAAAAGUGAGCGUCAGUGAGGAGAAGAGGCCUCCGGGAAACAGAGGGAGACCUCAGAAGACUGUCCCUGUAACCACGUACAGUUUCUACAACACUGCUAAAGACAAGACUGCUAACUCAGACUUCAGUCAGGCAGCAGCUGAUGACACACUAAAACAUCCAGAGUGCAAGUCCAGAUCUUCAGAAAUCGAGACUCAUCAGACCAGGCAACAUUUUUCCAGUCUUCAACUGUCCAAUUUUGCAGGUAGGCUGUCAACGGCUAUCUGUCGGCUCUGCCACGGAAAGUUCUCUCCACGCAGCCUGCGGCAUGCCUUCAACAAGUGGCCUCAGCAUUCCAUCGAUAUUGUUGAUGAUGAGUCAGAUGCCACGGCCCAGUCGCCCCUUUUGUUCCACACAGACUUCCAACAACUGGUUGGGGUCCAGCUAGACCGUGACCCCCAGUUGUCGGAGUUUAUCUGCAAGAAAUGCCACGCCAAGUUCUACAAGUGCCACAGCAUCCUGAUCAGGUUUCUACAGAGAGUCAACCUCCCGCCAGUUGGGAAAGUUAAUCUCAAAAGCCAGAAGAAUGCAAAGUGUCCAGAGUCCUCAGUAAACUAUGGUUCAACAACACCCCCGUCGUUUACCUCAGACCCUAAGUGCCUCCACAACCUGGUGUCCUGGGCUCACCACCACGGAGAGGCCUGCAGCUCCUGCCCCAACUUAAAGGAGGUGCUGGAGGGCCAGUGCUGGGGCUCUGUUAAGGCUGUUUGGGGUUGCAUUGAUGGCCACAGAUAUAUCAUGGACACUCAGUGCACCACUGCUACAAACCCAGGAUUCACGAUGAACAUCAGCAGUAGAGCAUUUGGGAGCGGCAGUGGUGAUGGAGUGAUGUCAGAGGAGGAGGAACAGGAGGAGGAAGAUGAAGAAGAGCAGCCCAGUGGGAAUGGAAGGACUCCAGCAGGAAGUAUAAGCACUCUGGCUCAACACAGUCCACCUGAAGUCACAACACAGACCCCGAGCUCGGUGCUGGCUGACUGGACCAGCAACACUGAAGGUCAGGAGGAGGCGCUGUCUCCUGCUCCAGCUCAGCUGGAGGACAGGGCUGCUGACAGCGAUCUAUCUGACAGGGUAAUCUCUGAGGAUGACUUUGAGGAGAGUAGAAAAGGAGGGUUAACAGAGGAUGAGUUGUUUGAGCCGUACUCGGAUAAGAGAGCUCACAGGAUGACCGCCCCCAACAAGAGAAGAAGAAGCCCAAAGGUCCCAGAGGAGCCCAAAAUCAAAAAGAAACCUGGUCCCAAACCUGGCUGGAAGAACAAGUUGAAACCCAAAGGAGAGGAGCUUCCCAACAUAUACAAGUGUCCGUAUCAGGGCUGUACGGCUGUCUAUAGAGCUCCUGAUGGCUUGAAGAAGCACAUCAAGGAGCAUCAUGAGGAGGUGAGAGAGCGACCCUGCCCUCAUCCUGGCUGCAACAAGGUUUUCAUGAUCGACCGCUACCUGCAGCGACACGUCAAGCUCAUCCACACAGAGGAGAGGAACUACAUUUGUGACCAGUGCGGCCAAACCUUCAAACAAAGGAAACACCUUUCAGUUCACCAGAUGAGACAUUCAGGGGCCAAGCCACUACAAUGUGAGGUGUGUGGCUUCCAGUGUCGCCAGCGAGCAUCACUAAAAUACCACAUGACCAAACACAAGGCGGAGGCUGACCUGGAGUUUGCGUGCCUGAUGUGCGGGAAACGUUUCGAGAAGGCCCACAACCUGAACGUCCACAUGUCCAUGGUCCACCCGCUGACUCAGGCUGAAGCUCACAGAGGCAGCAGCCAGCAGCAGCCUCUGUACUCUGACCUGCACACCAUCACUCUCACCGGGGAAGUGGUUCAGCAAGACCAGGACAGAUGACGGCAGGGAGUCCAGAUCCUGGUCCCUUGCACAGGGACAUAAACUGUGGGGCAGGGACCAGUUCAGUCAACCUGUACUGUGCUUUUUCUGUUUUCACAUUCAGGUCAUGGACUCGGAUGGGACCUGCUGUAUGGCUACUGGCUCCUCUGGGCAACACAAAACAGAUGUUUAUCUCAGUUCGGUACCAACAGAGCAAUUUUAGCAUCAGAGCAACAAAGUCACACUGCUGCUGAUAAUUACUAUCUCAUGGAGCGCUCUUUACAGUUUUCAAGAAUCACUUUUCAAUCCAAAAUUAAUCUUUCGUUGUGACUAAGUUUAGGUUUUAGUUUGGUUUUGGGGAAGCAUUUCAGUUUUAUUUACAGUUUUCUACCUAGUUUCUAGGUCAACAGGUGGAACGUUUUGCUUCCACACAGCAUGGACACAAGAGGAAUGUAAUAAAAAGUUCCACUGGUAUACUUCCUGUAGUUUGCCAGAGUAAAACACUUUCUUCUCGAGGGAAUAAAGGCAGAAAAGAUUCUUAAAAGGUUAUCUUGGGUUUGAAAGUUUUAAUCCUUAAGAUUUUCAGUUUUUUUGUUUGAUUUGGUGACACCAAAACACCAAAUUUAAUACUACAGCAAAUGCUCAUUGAGCAGCUGGUUUAUCUGUUUGCAGUGCAGCCAAGAAGUCAGUCAAUAGUAAUUACUUCCACAAUCAGGUUUCAUGCUGUAAUUACAGCAGGGCAGAAAAUGACCUUGCUGAGGACUUGGGAGUUGUGCAGCUCACGUUGGCUGCUCCUUCUUAUACCAUUACUCACUAAUUAUUACAAGUAAGUAAUUAUUAUUACUUACUAAUUCUUGUCUUGUUGACUCAUUUAAAUGUACGACGACUGGCUAACCUCAGUGACAAAUACAUUCCAUCAAUAAAAGCCGCCCUGUGUUUCGCCAGUUAACUGCUUUUACUAUGAAGCAGGAGCAGUAGGAAAUGUUGGGUUUGAUUUAGCACUAACUUAAUACCACUUGUAUUAAGUAAUUAUAGAAUGUAAAUAUUUUCAAUGGCUAUUGCUGGAAAAAAAAUGAUUUUUAACUUUGAAAGACAACAGCAGCUUCUGGUGCCUCUGUUGCAGAUCUGCUCAAAAGGGGAUUUUACAUUGCCCACGAACUAUAUGGAUCUACAUUUGCAUUUGAUAGCUGAAGUACACAGUAGCAGUUUUCCUGUAAUGCAAUAUUCUUGUUACACAAUUCAAUGUAAAUCACUUGUAUGUGCUGUGUAACCUUCUCACAGUACAAACAGUUGUGCAAAAUGAUUUCCAAGAACAUUCACAUCAGAUUUAUUGGGUUACUGUUUUUAUUAAGUUAUUAUAUUGCUAUUUCUGUAUUGUAAACCAGGUACAUGUAUAAUAAGUCCUGUGUGCAUUGUGUACAAAAAGACAUGUAAAUAAAAUGUAGACUUUU